GUGUUUGGUUUGACUUUGACAUUCACAAUUGGAGUUUAUUGGACUGUUUUGUGUUUUGUUUAUGCAUUUGUUUUGGAUUUGGUGAGGUGAAUUCAGUGGCCGGUCAGUUCCAGGUUCCAGCCGAAUCCAGCCCAGCACUACUCAGACUCAGCAGUUGUUUGCUGUUCCUGUUCUGACCUUCCUUCUUCCUUCACUAGUGUCUUGAGAGUACAGCUUUUGAGAGUACCGGGAGCUUUAAAUUCUCCCUAGGCUAGAAAAGGCAAUAAAUCACCAUGUCUGGAGAAACUGCAAAUAAAAAGUUCAAAAGGCUACCAGAAUCUGAUCGCACAGCCGAGUAUGAUCACACCACUCAGAGAAAUUUGGAAGAACUUGAUGCAAUUCAGAAUAAUUUGGAUGCUUUAAAUGAAAAAGCUUCUGCAGAAGUUCUACAGAUCGAACAAAAAUAUAUUGGUUUGAGAAAACACCAUUUUGCUAAGAGAAACGAAUAUAUCCGGAACAUCCCUCAUUUUUGGGUCACUGCUAUUAUGAAUCAUCCGGACAUAUCCACUCUCUUUAGUGGACAUGAGGAGGAGGACUGCUUACAUCAUUUAACCAAUAUAGAAGUAGAAGAUUUUAAUCAGGAAGAUAUGCGUUCUGGUUAUUAUAUUAAAUUUUUUUUUGAUGAGAACCCUUACUUUGAAAAUUCAGUUCUCAGCAAGGAGUAUCAUUUAGGCACUGAUUCCCCAUAUUCAAAGAGUAGUCACAUAAUUUGGAAAGAAGGUGUCCAGCUUGGACAAACUACACUAGAUCCAAAUUGUAAGACCACCAGAAAAAGGAAAUUGGAAUCAUUAAAAUACAGUUUUUUUUCUUGGUUCAAUGAUAAUGUAGAUCCAUUCACUGACGAUAUUGCUGAGGAUUUUAAGGGUGAUCUUUGGUUGAAUCCACUCCAGUAUUUUUUGGUUGCUGAUGGACAAGAAGAAGAAACUGUGGCUGAAGGUGAGGAAGAGACCUCAAGCGAUGAUCUCGAGGAUUCCUCAUUUGAACCUGAAAACCAAUCUGGGUCUAGUAGUCAAAGUACGAAUAAGUAUUGAUUCACGAUUCUCAUAAUGGUGCUUGCAGUCUUAUGUUUAAAUAUUUUUAAGUUUUAGGUAUAAUUUUUAGCUUUUACUAAAGAUAAUUUAUUAUACUACGAAUAGCUAGUCCAAUAUGAAAAUAUGAAAACUUGUAGACUUGUAAACUGCAUUCCCUACAAGCAGCAGAUAGAUGAUACUGGCCCAGGGUAACCUGAAAUUUUAAAUAGAUACUGUCACGGCUCUGAGUUGCGUAACAGAAAUCUUGGGUCCGUUUAUUUCAAAAUCAAAGUCCAAUUAACACAACAAUUUAUUCCACAUUACUAUACACUCUGACACUAAUUGAUUCAAUAAUUAACUCAAACAACUAAAGUCUUCACAACCCUUAACAAUAAUCACUAUCUAAAUCAUAUCACAGUCAAACUUAAACUUCAAACUAAUACCGGCCUUUAUAUAUCCCUAAUCUAUUCUUGCAAAAUCCGGAAUAACCGCGAUCGACCUUGUUCUCGAACAUCAACGUAAAAUCUCAAAUCAGCUGUUCAAAAUCCUGUACAGUUUGGUUGGAUUCUCGACAUCCUGGCUGCUGUGUUAUCCUGGUGGAUGCGUUAUUUUUACACUGCCCUCCUCUUAAGGUUGAUCCUCCCGAUCAACUUUACGCCCAUGAUAUUUCGUCAAUCUGUCUUGAUGUACAACUUUCAUCUUACUCCUAGUGUUGCGCUAAACUCGAUAAACCAAAUUAUUGAUUCUCUUGAUUAUUCUGUAGGAGUGUAGGUUCCUUCCCAUGCUGAAGACAAUUUCGGCGACACUCCUUUCUUUCUUGUCGGAUUAUACAGCCACACCAAAUCACCUUCUUGAAAUCCGGCUGAAUUUGCUUUCAAGUCGUAUCUGGUUUUCAUUCGGUCACUGGCCAGCUGAAUAUGCUCCAGAGCAAAAUCAUGGAUCCCCAGAAGUCGUGCCCUUACUUCAUCGGCAUAGUCUCGAAUUUCCUUCCGUUCUUCUUCACGUAUUCCAAACAUCAGAACGCAAGGUAACCUGAGUUCUCUUCCACAAACGAUUCUAGCUGGACUUUCACCUGUUGAUUCGUGAACAGCUGCUCUGUAAGCCAUUAAAAAUAGAGACAAGUGUUUGUCCCAAUCUCGCUGGUUCUUUGCGACCACUUUUGUCAGGUGUUCCUCUAUGAUCUUAUUAAAUCGUUCUACCAUGCCAUCAGACUGUGGAUGUAAAGGUGUUGUCCUUGUCUUACGAAUUCCCAUGAUCUCACAAGUUUUCUUAAAAAUGUGACACACCAUAACGACUAAAAACUUCGUCCACUAGCACCUGGGCAAUAGUGAUGGCUUCUUGAUUGGGAAUAGCGAAAACUUCUGGCCAUUUACUGAAGUAAUCCAUGAUAACCAAGAUGUAUUUGUUACCACGCCUUGAGUCAGGGAAAGGUCCGGUAACAUCUAUCGCUAUUCUUUCAAAUGGAAGACCGACAUUAUACUGUUUCAUGGGCCCCCGAGAUCUUAGUUUAGGGCCUUCACUGGUAGCACAGAUGUCGCAUUUUCGGCACCAGUAUUUAACGUCUUCAUGAUAGUGAACCCAGUUAAAACGUUCUCGAAUUUUGUCCAAAGUCUUGUUGACUCCCUGAAGUUCCGUCCUGUAUUUUUUUUAAUACAUCUUCUACUCGUUCUUUUGGAAUAACCAGUUGGCUCUUAGUAGAUUUUCCGACACUUCCCUCCAUUUUGGUCUACAUUCAUCAUUUUCUUUAAGUUGAAGAAUUUGCCUGAUGUCCUGGUCUGCUUCUUGAUCUUCUCUCAUUUGAUUGGUAGUCCAUUCAUCAUCAACGAUAAGACCUGUUUUUCUCACAGCUGGACCAGUGUUUUUCUCAUGCAUGGUCGCCUAGACAGAGCAUCAGCAUUUUUACGCAGGUUUCCAGGUCGAUGUUUAGGGCUGGCGUCGCUAGACCUCCAAAAGCGUUGGGAACGAUCCCUAGAUGGAGAGGACAUUCUCAGUCUACAAUCCCAUUGCAUGUAUCCAAGCCCAAGCUUUUGGCACCGGUAACAUUUUACUCGGUUUCUCGGUAUUGGUGUUUGUUUGGAGUCGUUGCCCAUUUGUCUAAUUUCUAGUACUAGUUUCUCCAUUUUCUCCGUGAACUUACUCAUAAGAUUCUUGAAGCUACCAUCUUCUUUUGACGUUUGUUGAUCCUUUGGGUCUUGAAUCGACACUGCUCGUAUUCUGGGUCUUGAAGCACCAAAGGUUGCUUCCAGUUCCAAUGCUCGGACAAGGGCUUCGUUACUUUUCCUGAUCUCGGACAUUCUUAUGUUUUCCUGGAUCUUGGAAUCCCUGAGACUAUCAAUAAACGCAGAUACUGCCACCCAUUCCUGCAUGUCUUCCCCUGCUGCAGAAAACGCCAAACUCACUAGCAUUUUAACUUCCGGUUCGAAUUCUUGUAAACUCUCGCCGGGUUUUUGAACUCUUGAUUUAACUUGAGUUCUAAAUACUUCUGUCUGUAAUGGUCUCCGAAGCGCAGUUCUAACGUUUGACUUAGAUGAUGAUAAUUCUGUUUGUAGACUAAAGGAAUGGACUGAAGAAGGUCUAAAGCAGGUCCUCGUAGCGCCACAAUUAGUGCUGUAGCUUUUUCUUGAUCGUUCCAUCCGUUGGUGUUUGCAGCAGCUUCAAAUUGUCAGAUAUACAUGGUCCAGGAUGUAGAACCAUCAAAACUUGGUGGUUUUAUUUUCAUACUAUAGAAUGCUCCAACACUAACUGGAUUGAUGGAUUGUAUUUCUAAUUUAUUCACCUUAUCUUCAAGUGCUUUAACUUGGUCGUCAACGUCUGGUCUUAAAUGCUGAACAUCGCCUUUGAUCUCAGCUUCCAGUUCCUGAUAAUCGUUUUUAACUUCUUGCACAUCGUCUUUAACUUCUUCAAUCUUCUAUUCUGGGUUAGCGACAGUUCCUUGUAUGGUUUGAAAUAUUUUCUGCAGUUUUCCAAGGUCUUCUUGCCCUUCUUGUUGUCGCCUAGCCUCUUCUUGUUGUCGCCUAUUUUCUUCUUCUUGUUUUUCUUUUUGUCGCCUAGCCUCUUCCUCUUGUUUUUCUUGUUGUCGUUUAGCUUCUUCUUCUUGUUUUUCUUUUUGUCGUCUGAACUCUUGAAGUUCCAACAUUUUGCGCAGACGUUCUUCAAUUUUUUGUUCUUCCAUUUUUGCUUGUUGUCUCUUAAUAGGCAUAUACAGGAUGUUCUGGAAUUUCCCUCAAACCCCCUUCAAAUAUCUUCCUGGUCUUUGAUUGAAUUUCCAAACAUGCCGGUGAAGUCACAAAUUAGAUAACUUGCUUUAUUCUCGAAUAGAAUGUUCUAGAAUUUUCUUGAAAUAUCUUUUCUGGAUAUCGAUUGAUAUAGCAAACACGUCGGUGAAGUCACUAAUUCGAUAUCUCCCUUGGUUUCCAAAUAGAAUGUUCUAGAAUUUUCCUGAAACUCCUCGAAAUUCUUUUCUGAAUGACAAUUGAUGUUACCUUGGUUUUCAAAUAGAAUUUUCUAGAACUCACCCGAAAAUUCAUUAUCACAUUCAAAAUCGGGUAUACAGUCACUAAAUUACCCUGGAAAUUUACACGAUCGGUUAAACAAAUACUUAGUUUCCCUACACACUACACAAUGAGACAUUGGUAGGUGUCUUGCAAAGUUGCCUUUGGUUUUUGUUUAAAUAAUUUUUUCAAUUAUUGUUGUUGUUUUACUUGUUAUGUUUCAUAAGCCUACUGAAUUUCAGGUUAUUCUGACAUACCGCGUAUGGCUAAAUUCAGCUGGUGUAGGCACCGUGGUGGAAUGGUAGAAAAAGCAGUGUUGUUAAAUUGAACAGGAUUUGGCAAGUUGUGGUUUGGCAUUGGCAUUAGUGAUUCGCAAUUACCACAUCCGUGGCGGUGCAACAUUUUGGCGAAUUUAGCCACACGCGGAUAUUGUGAAUACAGGACCUUUUUACUACAAAAUAAUAACUAUAAAGAUGAAACCUAAGAGAUUACCGAGGAGAUUACUAUUGUAUAUUUUUUUUUUUUUUUUUAAAUUAAAAUUUCAUGGAAUAAUAAUUUGGUUAUUGCUAUUUUUUUUUUAUCUAUUAAUAUAUAUUUCUUGGUUACAGCAAGGGUUGUCGUUGCUAACAUCAUAAGCAGUGUAUGGAAAUCUGUAUAUUCGUUAAAAAGCGAAAAUUAUUUUUUCAGGCAAAUAAAUAUAGAUAUUUAGAACAGCUUCUGUUAGUUGAUAAUAAUUCCAAUAGGGUAUAUUCUGUUUGUAGUAUAAUUGUCAUGGCUAAUGCUAAUAGAGUUGGCUGUUAAUUGAGAAUUGUGGCACCUUCAAAUAGCGACGGUCACUAAUAUAAACGUUCCUAUUUUGACAUUAUUGACACCUACGCAUGCCUAUUUGCGACUAAAAAUAGUGGCG